AUGCCGCUUGCACAGUCCAAAAACACAGUCGGUCUCGGAAGAGCCAUCCUCAACAGGAAAGCAAAGGAGGCAAAACUACGCAACCAGACCGAAUUCCACACCACCGAUCUCAACAACUACGGCUCCGUCUCCAACCUCCGUUCCGUCACACACGAAGGCGAUCUCGAAGAGUUUCUCAACACCGCCUCGCUCGCAGAUGCCGAUUUCACCGCAGAGAGGAGGAGUGGAGGUGUCACUGUAGUCAGCGCACCUGACCGCGAACGAACCCGCCACAACCCUUACCUGCUCACCGGUCAGGAGGAGCAGGAGGUGCUCAAAAAGCAUGUUCAGAACAAAGAGCGUCUUCGCGUACCCAGGCGUCCUGAAUGGACCAGUUCCACGACACGUGCGCAGCUCGAACGUGCCGAGAAGGACGGCUUUCUCGAAUGGAGGCGAGGUCUCGCAGAGUUGCAGGAGGGCGUCGGUCUCGUCUUGACGCCGUUCGAGAGGAAUCUCGAGGUGUGGCGUCAACUCUGGCGUGUCAUCGAGCGAAGCCAUCUGGUCGUUCAGAUCGUCGAUGCUAGAAACCCGCUUCGUUUCCGAUGUGAGGAUCUCGAAAAGUACGUCUCCAGUCUCGGCAUCGGCUCCAACAACGGCAUCGAGUAUCUCGGCGAGGAUGCAAACAAAAAGGGACCAAGAACGAAUCUGCUCCUCAUCAACAAGGCCGAUCUGCUGGAUGAUGAGCAGAGGAGGUACUGGGCCGACUACUUUGACGCACAAGGUAUUCAGUACGCAUUCUUCAGUGCGGCAAAUGCUGCUGCUAUCCAGCUGGCGAGAGCGGAGGAAGAGGAGCGAUUGCGUCUCGAGCAGCUCAGACUCGCCGAGCCGCAGGAGAACGACGAUGAGGACGACGAUGAUGAUGAUGAAGAAGAUGAUGAGGACGAGGAGGCAGAUGAGGUCGAGGCUGCCUCUGCUGCUGUUCACGAAGCGGCAAAGGAUGCCAAGCCUCUGGUUGGUCAAGAAGCAAGCGACCGCGUGCACGACCACUCACAUGCUGCUGUUCGCGACAGCCUCGUCGCCGAAAAGAAGUUUGGGCCAGACGAUGCGGUCGACGCAGCCACCGCCACCGCUGCCACCACGCUGUCCGCCACUCGCGACCCGACUCGCGUGCUCAACGUGCUCGAACUCGAAGAGCUCUUCAUGGCGUGCGCACCACCCCUGCACGACUUUGCCAUCGACGGUCAACCCGCACCGUCCAAGCUCGUCGUCGGUCUCGUCGGCUACCCCAACGUCGGUAAAUCCUCCACCAUCAAUGCGCUGCUCGGCGAGAAGAAGGUCUCGGUCUCGUCCACGCCCGGAAAAACCAAGCACUUCCAGACCAUUCACCUUUCGCCCACCACGGUGCUGUGCGAUUGUCCCGGUCUGGUGUUCCCGCAGUUUGCGACGACGUCGGCGGAGCUGGUUUGCGAUGGUGUGCUGCCCAUCGAUCAGAUGCGCGAGUAUACUGCGCCGGCGGAGCUGGUUGCCAAGCGGAUCCCGAGGGAUAUCGUGGAGGGGACGUACGGGAUCAGGAUCGAGACGGUGACGGAGGAGGAGGGAGGCAAUGGAGUGCCUACGGGGUUGGAGAUGCUGACGGCGUAUGCUGUGGCGAGGGGGUUCACGCGUCAGGGGCAGGGAAAUCCGGAUGAGAGUCGUGCGGUGAGGUACGUUCUCAAGGACUACGUCAAUGCCAAGCUGCUGUACGGUCAUCCGCCACCCGGUGUCGAUGCAGACGUGUACAAUGCCGCUCAACGCGAGCGUGCACGUGCUGCCCUAGCCGGACGCAAGUACGACCCGACCACAGCCGAACACACCGACGCUGACGUAGACAUCGACGACCUCGACUCGGACCUCACCGCCGAACUUGCCGAGCUCACCAAACGCAAGAGCUCGGGCGUACCACGUCAGUCGGCUAAGUCAAAGGCGUUGGAUUCGGCGUUUUUCGAUACGAUGGCUUCGUCCAAGCCGACGAUCGUGGGCAGGACGGGGAUGGGGAUGGCUGCGAUUCAGGGCAGGAUCGCCAACGAUGGGAGUGUCAUUAGGAACGGUGGGAAGGAGCAGGAGAAGGUGGGUGGUAAGAAGCAUAACAAGGCUAACAAGAGGAAGAAGCAACGUUCGGGUGCUGGGUUUGAUUAA